UUCUGAUUUGUGUCGCUCCUUCCUGGUUUAGCUUCUGCAUCUCUGCCAGAGCGGGAGCUCCAAUGCUCUUGCAUACUGCAGCACUCAAAGACUGUAUCGUUCUGAUUGACUUAGUCAUCUCUCCGGUGUCAGGUAAGAACGAUUUAUGGAGUAAGAGGGCCAGAAGCGUUCUAGACAAGGUGAGCCCGCAAGCAUCUCAAGCUGAAAGACCUAUCUUCGCAGUGCAUGGUAUCUUUCGGCGACCACGACGUCUCUCCCGGGCGCAACCGUUCUCUAUAUUCUCCUCUCCCAAUGCAGGUACCUUUGAAACCAUCUUGCCUUUCAAAAGCUAUACAUUUCCCCUUCCUCAGAAACCAAGAGUUCGAAGAUAAUGCACCGCCAGGGUCAUCCUCUCACCCAACUCCUUCCAAACUUCUUCUCGUCCGUCUAACCGGUCAACCGCUCAGCCGUCCGCGAUCUCAGAAAACACCUUUUCCCACCACCGUUAAGAUACUCAGGUACAUAGUUUGUAAAUGUCUCACACCGUGUCAAGAAAUUCCCCGUCAUGUUGAUGAUUUGACUUUUAUAUACGAGUCAAAAACAAAGCCACGAGGAUGUUGGCAACGGCGUUUGUCGUUCUCGGGUAGUAGAGUUUUUAUCAUUUGUCCGGAUUCUGAUUCUAGUGUUUCGGCCGAAGGAUUGUUGUCAAGAUUGGGGGUUGGAGUUUUGGACCGGUGAGAUGGGAUGGGAUGGGAUGGAGGAUGAGAUGGGUGAAGGACGGGGAGAAUUGCGCUCAGCAGUCGUUGUUUAAUAGCGAUAGAUUUGGAUAGAGGAGAUAACAGUAAUGUAGAAGGAAGCAAAAAAGACGAUGAAUAGAAAGAAUACGAGAAGAGCGGUCGAGAAGCAAACAGCAGUAAAGUCAACUAUACGCACCUGAAUACGGACUAACAUUC